AUGAGUCGAUUUCUCGACAUUGAUCUUAAUGACAAGAAAAUUCCACCAAACUAUAGUUAUAGACAUCAAUCAUUACUUUCACUUGAACAUGCUCUUGAACCCAUCAUGCCUCGUAUUGACCAUUUGCAUCAAUAUAUCAAGGAAGCUUUAGAAAAAUGCCAUUUCCCAUCCGAGCACAAUCUUACACAUGACGAAUCAGCCUCGAUUUAUCUUUAUACCAUGGAAUGGGGUGCUCAUAGUUUAUAUCAAUUGUUGAAUAAAGAUUUGCGAUCGGAAGACCCAUCUGCAUUGACACCAUGGGCUAAUUAUCUCAAAUUAUUUGAAAUUGCACUUACAAAACUGCCCAAAGAAAAAAAACGUCUUUGGUGUGGUACGAAAGAUAAUGUCAAGCAGAAUUUUAUUAAAGGUAGUGAAAUAAUUUGGCGAAGUGUGAGUUCUUGCUCAACCACACUUAAUAUCAUCAAAGAAUUUCUCGGCAACGAUCCCAAUGCUACACUCUUCAUGGUUGAAGCGGUGAACGGUAGAAGUUUGAGUGGCUAUACAAAGCAUCCAGAUGAAAACGAAGUAUUGCUCGGUCCAGGCACUCGAUUAAGUGUGGAAAGUGAUGAUUUAAAACUUAAUGAUGGUCUAAAAGUUGUGCAUCUAGUAGAAAUAACGGACAAGAAUAAUGAAGCAUUACCAGCAGUCAUGAAUACGAUUAGCAUAACAUCAAAACCAGGUAGGACUAAUAUAUAUCUUGAUCAAAAAUACUUGUUCUCAUGA